AUGGAGCUGCGUGUAGAGUCUGCCGAUGGCCAUACCUUGCCUAAGAAUUGCUUCAUUGGCGUUCGUGUGGGAGAUGUUCUGAAGCAAGGGAGGUACGAGCCGCAACGCUGCUACAACUUUCCACAAUUGGAUCGUAGACGGAAUGCCAAAGUUGACAUUUAUCAGCACGUUGGUACCUGCAUGGUGGCAGUGGAUCCGGACACCAAAGCCGUACACGAGCCUUGGAUUUCUCAUGCAAUUAUAUAG